GAUUAUCAUUUGGAUAUGUAUUUUCAGCAGGAAUGGAUUGACUCACGAUUAGCGCAUAACCAUAGCGGCAAAUUGCUAGUGAAAGAUAAAGCAAUAUUCGAACUGAUGUGGCAUCCAGAUGUGUACUUUGCAAAUGCUCGUCAAGCAUCGUUCCAGGAAAUUACCGAAGAUAAUUUUCUUGUCUGGAUUGAUCCCACUGGAAGAGUGUUCUACGACUGCAGGAUAUCAAUGGUGGUGAUAUGUAUGAUGAACUUGUGGAAAUAUCCACUUGAUAUGCAGCGGUGUGAACUGAGGAUUUUGAGCUAUGCCUAUCCAGAAUCACAGCUACGGCUGCAGUGGAGCGAGCGAAUAAAACCGAUUGAUCGGAAUAUGGAAAUUCGAAUGCCCGAUAUGCAGCUUAUUGACAUAAGGACUGGCCACUGCAAUGGCACUUAUUCCACAGGCGUCUGGAGCUGCAUAACAGCCGAAUUUAUUGUUGAACAAGCUUGUAGGUUUAAUUUUUGGUUGGAUGUCGAUUCGGCACCGGCACGCGUUUCGCUGAGUAUUACAACGUUGCUUACAAUCUCAACGCAAGCGAAUGCGGUAAAAUUAGCGCUUCCGGAAGUUUCCUAUAUGAAAGCCAUCGAUGUGUGGAUGGGUUCUUGCAUGGCAUUCGUAUUUGGUGUAAUGAUCGAAUUCACAGUUUGCCAUUUUGCCAAAAAUCGCGAAUUAUAUAAAUCCGAUGCUCGACCAAGCAUUGCUCUGGAGCCAUUCUUUUGCAAUCCAGCUAACGUAGACAUUGUAAGCCUGUUGUGGAUAUUCAAAAACUAUGAAGAACGCGUUUUCUGUGGCAUAUUUUGUUUCCGGAAGUAGCG